AUGGAUUCUAAGGCUGUACAAAUUUUCUCUGUUUUGAAUGCCACUCUCCAGACACAGGAUGCAAUCACUAGUAGAAACGGUACUUCUGUUUCCGAUAGGUGUAUUGACUAUAUGAAGAAGUAUGCAUGUUACACAGCCUAUCCAAGAUGUAUUUUAGCAACUGGAUAUACUGCAUAUGAUCAGAAACCAUGUCCUAAUAUUUGUGGAGCUGUUGACAGUUAUUGUCAGUAUUCAUUGACUAAGGUUAAUAGUUUGAUAUGUACUGGUAAUACCAAUGACAGAUCAACUUGUAAUUCUUUUGCUAUUUCACAUAGAUUGAGCUUGUUUAUUGUAAUCAUUCUUUUUAUUUCUGCUAUUUUAACUUAA